CAAGUAUACUUUGCGCCUAGUGCAUCGUUCGGUCUGCAGACUGGCAAACCGUUUUUAUUUCACGGUAACAUCUGGAAGUUUCAGCAGUGAAGUAUUCAGUUUCAGUGACGUUCAGUCAGAACUUCAGCCUAAACAGAAUCAGUGCCAAUUGUCGUGUUGACAUUUUGCCUCCUAAGUUUUGAAGAUUUCCAAAAUAAUUUUUUCGAUUGAAUUUACAUUAUUUCGCCUCGGCUACACUCUCACAAAAGCCAAACUUUAAAGUUUUGUGAACCCAAAAAACCUUAAAAAUCGCCGCAAAAGGCAUUCUCCUAACUUUAAAAUUAGAAAAGAUAUAUCGCGGAUAAAAAUAUUAAAAAUGGAGCGAGGUUUCGAUUUUGACUUUGACUUAAUUUAUGUCGAAUUCUAGGGACGUGCGUGAAAGUUUCUAUAAUUUUUGAAAGCACGAUUUUAAGGUGUUUGUUUGAGUGUUAUUGGUCUACAUACUCAAUCAUUAAACUUGCAAAGAAGAAAUAUCAAAAUGGAGGCGGGAUUUGAUUUUGAUUUAGACUUAAUUUUCAUAGAGUUUUAGGGUAAUUGGUAAAAGUUCUUAUUAUUGGCGGAAAGUGUAAACUUAAAGUGCUUGUUUGUGAUUCACGUGCUAAUGGUCGACCUUGCUAUACUUGUUUAAGUGGUUUUAUUUUGACACGAUUUAAGUUGAAUUUAUCAUUAAAAAAAUAAAUUAAAUAUAAUAGAAAUUUAGAAAAAUUCUCUGUUAAUCGUGAAAAAAAUAAUAUAUUUUUACGAUAACGAUCUUUAAAGAAAUAAAAAUGUGUGAAUACUACGAGUAUUUAUUCAUCGAGUUCUGAGUGUAACUGAAAUUCAACACAAUGUUACGUUGAGUGACUCUACCAAGGAACAUGUGCGACGACUACGAUCUAUUUCGUUGAGUUCUAGUGAAAUUCCUUUAUUACAACUCCCUCGUGACACGCCCGUUGAUCCUCGAAAAUGUGUUCACAAAAUGAAACUGUAAACUGCAAAACACUCUCAACAGUGCCUGACCUCGAGCAAACACGACAGAGGACUCCACGACAAAUUCGCAACCUCCUCCUUGUCCUCAGGAAGUAUGUGAUACGGAGAAAGGAGAUGGAUCUCGGACGGGACCCCAGUUUCUGGCGGCGGGAAUAGUGUCACUGACCGGGUUCCUGAUGGGUGAGAUGGUCUCGUGGUCAUCUCCGGUUACCCCAUUACUCAUAAAAUCCCACAGAAUAACCAAAGAUGAGGAGUCGUGGAUUGUGUCAACCGUUAACUUUGGUGCCAUCAUCGGCUGCUUACUCGCCGGAUACGUCAACAAAUACGUCGGCAGAAAAACCGUUCUACUUUCAUUAUGCGUUCCGGAAAUGAUAUCAUGGCUGAUGCUGGCCUUUUGCGAAGGAGCCAUCCUUCUAUGUUUGGCGCGGUUCCUGAGUGGACUGUGUUUAGGAUUCAUCUGCGUCACGACCCCGCUAUACAUAGCCGAGAUCGCCCAACCCUGCGUCCGAGGAGCCCUCGCUACCUUCUUUCAACUCUUCAUCGUCAUCGGUAUCCUUUUUACGUUUAUAUUGGGUAUCCUUCAGGACGCCCUAUGGAUAACCCUGGGCUGUUCCAUCGUCGUACUAGUAUUCUUCGCGCUGUUCCUCUGGAUGCCGGAGUCCCCGGUGUACCUGACGAUGGUCUCCCGACCCAAGGCGGCGGCAGCAUCUCUGCAGUGGCUCCGUGGGCGGGACUACGACAUCUACGCCGAGAUCCGGGUCAUCGAAGCCGUCGUCCAAGAGGGCCGCGACGUGGAGGUCACCUACGGCGACUUCAUCUCCGACGCCGCCUCCUUCCGCGGCAUCAUCAUCGCCAUGGGCCUCUUCUUCUUCCAGCAGAUGUGCGGCAUCAACGUUGUUAUAUUCUACAUGAACACCGUGUUUGAGACGGCCGGGAGCACCAUCUCGCCGACGCUGGCCACCGUCAUCAUCGGAAUCGUCCAGGUGCUAGCCACGGCUCUGUCGGUCUACAUGAUGGACAAGGCCGGUCGGCGGUUCCUGUUCAUCUUCUCCCAAGCGGCCUGCUCGCUGUGUCUCAUCUCUCUGGGCACGUACUUCUUCCUCAAGUCGCGGGGCGACGACGUGACGCCAAUCGGCUGGCUACCGGUUGCAUCCGUUGCCGUCUUCCUCGUCAUGUUCGCCUUCGGCUCCGGCCCCGUCCCUUGGGCCAUCACCAGCGAGAUCUUCAGCAAGAACAUCGCCUCCCUCGCCCUGUCCCUCGUUACGGCCGUCCAUUGGUUGCUCGCCUUCUUCGUCACAAAGGUUUACACUUCUUUGGAGGCGUUCAUGGGAACCGGUCCUACGUUCUGGAUGUUCGCGGCCUGGUGUUGGGUGGGAGUAACAUUCUGUUGUCUCCUCAUGCCUGAAACCAAGGGUCGACCUCAAGAGGAUAUUGUGGACGAGCUGAGAGGCUGUAAGAAAAAGCAAACCUCUGGCAAUUGUCCGUAAGGGUCUUUUACGGUGCUUACACUAUCCCCCGGUCAUCUUUAAGACGUGACUUAACAACUGAAAUAUUUUAAUACUGUGUUUUUUGUCUCGUUUUUUACGUACCUCAAAGGCACACAUUUUUUUCUCUUGAAAAAUAUACCGUACUGCUCAUAGAAUGUAUAUACACAAGCACGUAAUGUGCAGAUGGAUUGCACUAGAUCGUUAGGUUGAGAAAUGCCAUGAACGACCAUCUCGUUGUUUCCCUCGCGAACAACGGAACUUCAUCUCAAUGUUGCAAGUUUUCUUUUGCACAGUGUAUUUUACAUACGAGAAUCUUGGGCAUUCCUGACUGAAAAUUUCACUGAUUUCCCCUCAGAUUUCAGGCGAAAAUUAGAAAGAUUUUGGAUGCGCAUUGCACAUGUGCACUGUUAUUAAAUAAAUUAAUUUUUUCAGUCAAUUUGGCAAACUUGGAAUGGAGUUACGUUCUUUUGUCGGAGAGACGACAAACAGUCGAGCAAUCAGGUGACUGAGAGAUCAAAAACUUGGAGGAAAAGAUUGAUUUCUGUAGCAUAUUAUAUUAUGCAAAGGAACAUUUCUUGACACGAGAUUAUAAGAUUUGAAUGAACUUUUGGCUGAAUAUUUAAUCAUAAGUAAAAAAGACAACCUCUAGCUCGGAAUAUCGCUGUACUUUACAUUACUAUACACAUUGUACAACCACAGUGCUUAUUAAAUAAUUUUACAUACAAAACCCUUAAUUUGAUGUUACACUUCGCAAUAAAAAAUAAAACAUCACCGAAAAGAUCAUUUGAGAUCUUUGAUAACUCACCCGUCGUUGAAUGAUCUACCACCAAGUUUCUUUCUAGAAUCGUCGCAAAGUCUGUCUGCUGAUGAAUUGUUUUGCUUUUUGCGGGGCCUUACAUUAUUUUGUUUGCUUCCUUCUUUUUUUAAUUAUUUCACGGGAUAACACUGUGCUAUAGUACUCUCAGGUAUAAUCACUCUUUACAUUUUGUCAAUUACGCAUGUUCAAAAUGUUCGAGCUUUUAAACUCCUUUCAAAAAAUCUAAAUUUAGUACCUCACUCUUAUGUGACCGAUGUUAAGUCAAUUGUGAAUUGUCAUGUUCUAGUGCCGCGUAAUACAUUCCAGGUUUUAGUAAUUUGAAAAUCAAAGUUUUAUCCAGUUUUUUCCUUACACUUUUGUUCAGUUACUAGGUUCGUAAGAAUGUAAACGGUUUGAUUCAUUGUCUUUUACGAUUUUCUGUAGACAAUUUGUUUCUUUCCAGAAUAAAUUAUUACAUUUUUUUCUACA